AUGAGAGGAGAUCCAGAGAUCCCGGGGAAGAUCUACCCCGAUGUGCUCUCCGAAGCCAGAAAGGCGUGCUACACGGUCUCUCUCUCUCUCUCCCUCUUUCUCUCUCUCUCUCUAGCUGCUCCCCCAUAGUUGCCCUCUUCUCUCAUCGCAUCGUCUAUCACCCAUCGUUCGCUGUGGUUCAGGCGAGGGAUGCUUUCUACGCCUGCCUGGAGAAGGAAACCGGCAGGAAAAAUACGGAGAGCGGCUACUCCGGGCUGCUUUACCCCGCCGAAUGUGCUCAAUCGAGGGCCGACUACGUCAAACAGUGCCGUCCCGCAUGGGUAAUAUACGCUCGGAAGAGGGGGAGGAUUCCGCAGAUCUUCUCCCAAUCCUCCCGUCCCUCCCUUUGCGGGAAGAUAUUUCUCUGCUCUUUUCGUUGUAUUCAUUCGCCUUGAUGCUGUUCUUGGUAGGUCAAGCAUUUCGACAAGCUCGCUGCCACGAACAAGAAGGUGAAGAGGCUCCUCGACGACGACGACCCUCGGAGAGGUCCCAUUUCCCUCCCGCAGCCCUUCGUCUUCAAGCCCUGA